UUUUACAGCGAGCUUUUAUUUUGAAGGCGGAAUCGAAAACAGGAAGUCUACAUGCUGCCAGCUGUUACGCAACCAAUCGUCAGUUCCACUUUCCCGAUAGGUUGGAAUGUGUCCUGUCCAAUGAGAACAUAAGUGAUAUUUUUGAUUCUCAACGGUUUGGCAACAUUACAAGUCUGCUACGGCAAAGACCCAAACGGCAUUCCAAAGAGAUCCUGGUUGUGAAUGAAAUGACUAAACAAAGGAACGAAAUAGCACAGCAAGCCACUGACAAGGGCAAUCUGAACCUCACUGCCAAUGAUAUCUGGGGUCACAAACAUGUUUCUGCUUUGAAGCAUAAAGCACGGAAUCUGCCACCUGGCUCUGUGGAGCAAAGAAGUACCCAAGAGACACCAGCAGUGUCAAUUAGUCCCAUUCCACCAAUGUCAGGCAUAUUGAUUCUAAGUUUAGCAACCAAUUUGCAAGGAAGAUCCCAUUCAGUCUGAAAGCAGCCCAGAGAUAACCAGUCAGACAGCGCAACUGAAUUGUCUAACUUAACAACCUUGACUGACCCGGGCCAAAUACAGACGUACCCUGUAUGUCACUCCAUAUGGAGACUCUGCCAGACUUUAGUGUUAUAAGUGGAGAAACUUCACCUCUUUCAGACAUCGGUCAUUCAUCUACACCAUCACAGCACAGUGGUAUCAGUGGGGAGCCCAGAGCCAAGCGGUGGUCCUCUAACCCAAUAACCAUGCUCACCCAUAUUUUAAAACCCAGCCAUCUGGGAUUCAACGGGCAGGAGUCCUGCUCCCCAAUUUUGAGUCCCAUACGUGCCUCAAAGAUCUUCAGGAUUCAAGAUGAAACUUUACCGAACUGCACCGGAGAAAGUUUAUUUGAGGACACUAUAGACCCCUGCUUUUUGCCUAUGGUGGAGCCCACUGUUGGCAGCUCUACAAUGGCUUUGUCACACACACCUCCAGAGACUUGCAUUUCUAUGAAAGAGAGUUUCACUAAACCAGAGGAUGCAAAUAAAGAUUUGCAAAAGGGCUCUAAUUUUAGUCUCAGUUUGCCGGGAAGUCCAACAGCUCUCAGGGAGACUAUAUCAACCAGUAGCUGUUCCAGAGCUUCCCUGGAGGGCACACAUGACAUAUCUGCAUUCGAGGGCAGCAAAGAAAGUCUGCAUUCCUUAGAACAUAAGGUACAGAACCUGACGACCGAGGUUGCUGUGUCUGUUGUGGUGCAAAAAUCAAGUGUUGCCUCUUCCUGUCUCUCAAAUGCUAAUGUCACACAGAUAAUUUGCCCUCAUAGUGAGAUGUCUGCAUCCUAUACGGUGCCAUUGUCCUCGUCAACAUCUGGUUCCUUGUGUGAUGACAAGAGGGUGAACAACGUCACCUUUGAACUUCUGGUUGAACCAACACUGGAGCCCAAAACUGGGACCAACGAGCCCAAUGUCACGACUACUGCGCUGGAGGCUGUGGAGAUUAGUAGGCCAAUGAAAGACACUUUUGAAGCUUGCCGUCCUAUGAAGUUCAAUGCAACCACUGAGCAAGAGACUUAUGAUGGUACCAAACAACCUCUAAAUAAUACUUUUCAAACUAACCCCCAUGUAAAUGCAACCACUGAGCCAGUGACCAUUGUUGGCAAUGCACGCCCCCCUUUUCAAACUGACCACGAACCAACAAAAAGUGCUGAAGUUGAUGUCCGUGAACAUAUGGUACAGUCCCAACCAGGCCCGUCCGGGAGAGAUGGUGAUUCCUUCACCUUGGAUGAUACUCUGGAGUUGGGUCCCAACUUUCUGCUCACAUCCACUCCCAUGGUUACAUCUACGGCUUUAAGGAAACCAGAGAGACCCUCAGAUGUGCGGAAAAAGUUAUCUUCGUGCACCCUGCCAAAACCAGCUAAACCACCUGCUGUCUCUAAACUCGCCACUUAUAGGAAGACAUUCCUUCAGCCCCAAGGUGUCACCUCCAAUCCCAAAUCACUGCUACCCCCACUGAGAUCUGUGUCCCAGCUUCCAUCAUGGACUCACCCACCAAAGACCAAGACAGCCCCCGUGGCUUCAGCCCCUUCGGAGCCAUCCUCUGCCAUACCCAGCAGAAGAUGCAAAACACGAGCAGAUGCCUCGGGACAUGCUGCGGUCACUGUUUCUCAGCAGGCCUCGACAGAUGAUACUUCCAGUAGUAGGCGUAGCACAAUUGCAGAAUCCAAGCUGAUGAGCACUGGCCUGAGGAAACCUCAAUCCUAUGGCAUUCAGAGAUCCAUAGCUAGCCUCAGGCAUCCUGCAGUAAGAGCUAUGGCAACCCGCUCCACUGAAAACCCCAGCCUCUCUUCAGGUUUAAAUGGAAGGAGUCUACAAGCACCCAACCAAGUCCAGAAGCACUUGCCAACCAGCAGUGAUGCUUUUCCUGUAGCAAAGAGGAAAAAAAUAGGUGAAGGGUGUGCAAACUAUGUGCUACUUCAGCAAGAACUGGAGACGUGUCGUCAAGAAAAUGAGAGACUGCAAGCAGGGUGUGCAAACUAUGUGCUACUUCAGCAAGAACUGGAGACGUGUCGUCAAGAAAAUGAGAGACUGCAAGCAGGUGGGGACAGACAGCCCAUCUCAAUAUGGAGCGCAGUUCACAAUGCACUUAGACCUACGUAUCUCAUCAUGGUAAGCGUUUUAAAACAGCCCAUCACUCAAAUAUUGUUGCUUUAAAUCAGUGAACUCGCAAACACUCUCUCGCAGUCUUUCUCUCUCUCUCUCACAGUCUUUCUCUCGCAGUCUCUCUCUCGCAGUCUUUCUCUCUAUCCAUCAAGCCUUUUACUUUACUUUGUUGAAGCACCUUUGGUAGCGAUUUCAGCCUCGAGCAGGUUGAUAGCUUCAAGUUCUUUGGUGUCCACCCCCCCCCUCAAACCCCACUUUUACGCUUCUGCUACUCUCUGUUCAUCAUAUAUGCAUAGUCAC